CUCAAAGUCUGUUGUACUGUUUUCUGUCAUGGCUUGGACGGCCCUUAUUCUUCAGCCUUGUCCCGGGUCCUUCAUCUCAGCCAAUCAAAGGCCUCAAUGUAGCCAACCGACCCAGCCCAUGCAGCCCAAAUGACAUCACACGCGGCUGAAGUCAUAGACCGCGAAGCACCGAAAAUCCUGCUUUUGAUACCGCGUACGUACGAUGACGCCUCCCAUGAGCCCGGUGUGCUAGAUAAUCAGCGAGAAUUCCCAGCGCUACCAGUUUUGCGUCAUCACGUAUCUUGCCAACCCUCACUGCACUUUUUGUCGCAACUCUAACUCGAAACUUAGCAUAAAUUCUUUCAUCUCUAGUCGAAAUGCCUCUGUUUGGAUCCAAGAGGGAGGCCGUAACCCCAACUGAGCGGGCAACGACAACGACUACGACCCACCACAACCGCUCGGGUGGUCUUUUCGGCAAGAAAUCCGAGCCUGUGAGCCGGCAGACUACAACCACGACGUCCUCUCGAACCUCCCCUUCUCGUUCGUCUGGCCUGUUUUCACACAGGAAGUCAAGCUCACCGGAUCGGCACACGACCACGACUUCGCACGUCGGCCACUCGCCAAGCCAUAGCACCAAUCUUCUUCAUCGACACCACGAGGAUCCGUCGAUUGUCAGCGCUAGGGAACGAGUCGUGAAGGCUGAAACUGCAGAACGGGAGGCCGACCGUGCUCUUGUCGCAGCAAAGGCUGCAGUUAGGGAAGCCAGGGCUGAAGUGAAAAGGCUCGAGGCUGAGGCCGCAGAAGAGGCUCGUCUUGCAAAGAUCAAGCAGGGACAAGCUGCUUCGCUUUCCAAGCGAGGAAAAAUGCUUGGACGUCACGACCAUCACUAGGCCAUGGUGCGGCAAGAAUUGUCACGACGUGAACGAAAUGGGUUUCCCUAAUAUUCAUGUAUUAUUUGGCUAGGAUUUUGCUCGUUAAGCGAUUGCGACACCAGUGCUUCAUUCUGUACGAUACGAAGGUGCAGCCAGCAUUUGAUAUCCCAAUGCAGAGUCAUUUCUUCUUUUCCCAGCAUAUAAUCUGCGAGUCUUUUCUUUACGUAGUCUCAUCCACUUUGUAUACCAACUUCUCUCCGCUCACCUUACCUGACUUCAUUUCUUCCAUGCCCUUCAGUACACCUUGCAGACCGCCUUCUCUCAGCCUCUCUGGGUGCGUCUUCAGCUUACCCUCUGCCAGGAGCUUCUCUGUCAACUCGAAGAACAUCUUGGCGAACUCGAAGUCCUCAUGACUCUGUGGGAACACCGUGGGACCAAACCUGAACUCUUCAUCGAAGAUCG